AUGUCAAUGUCAACUUCAACCAAUAUUGCCGAUACUUCUGCUUGCCUCGGGAUACUUCUCAAAACAGUCAAAGAAUUACAAUCAGAUGACUUCCAUUUCAUGCAUAUAAUUGAUAAAAGUUGCAAGGUUCAACGAGGUGAUUCACCAACUUUCAACAUCGAUAAGUUGUAUGAGCAGUAUUUGUCCUUAAUCAAGUCCGUCACUUGUAUCAAAUUGCAGAUUCAACAGACCAAUUUAGUAACCUAUGCUGCUGCCGAUGCUGCUGCCGAUGCCGCUGUCGAUGCUGCUGCCGAUGCCGCUGUCGAUGCUUAUGCUGGUAUUACUUGUGCUACUGCUGCUGCCGACUCCGACGUGAAGACUACCCCUCCUCUUCCUGGCACCAGCCCCACAAUGAUGCAACUUCUCGUAAGAAAGAGCAUGUUGCAAAAACACAUUGAUCUACUUUCGGGUAUGAUACUACAUGGGAUCCCCAACACGAGUUCCUCUUCUUCUUCUUCUUUUGGAAGCCGGGGUAAACGAAUCAAAGACAUAUCUCAAGUGAACGUGGUUGAAUACGAGUCCAAAUAUCGUGAAUUACGAAAGGAAUUGGUCCUGUUGGAAACCAAGAUUCAAAUACUCAAUUGGAAGUAA